UCAGAGGAGUUGUCUUUUACUAAAACACAAUGCAGGCAGCCUGUGUUGUGCAUAGACUGUCAUUUAUCCAUAGUGGCUCUCCUGCUUCUUCUCUGUAACUCAUGGAAAACCAUUAGAUGGCUCUGGAAAACACCCUCAAAUUUCUUAUUAGUUGUGGCUAGGGUAUAUUACUCAUUACUGAAUAUUUGCUCCUAAUGAUUUCUGCUAUAGGUGCUCCAUUAGCUCUACCAGACUAAUGACUUAAUCAUUGUUUACCUGAGCUGAGCAUGACACCUUGGCUAGAUUUUUCUUUUUGUCUUAAAUAUAACAUGAACACGUUUGAUGGAAGAGCAGGGGCAUCACUGCCUCCUACCAGGUUUGUUUUUCUCUGCAGAGAUCGUUAGAGUGCUCUGUGUUAGAGAAGAUUAGAUGAAGGGAGCUGCUGCAGCAAGGUACUGUUUCAAAAUCUCUCACUGACUGUUGUUUUCUUUGUUUUUCCAUCAUGCAACAGCUUGUUUCUCCCUUAGGUCAGCACUGUACAGAGAUGUGAAAGUGAAUGAUAAAUCAAAGUAUCUAGUUCCCUAAGAUGGCAACAAUGGUGCAAGACAGCACGCAAGCUAACUGAUAGACAUAUCACACACUGAGAAGUUCAUAAUGACUUGAUCAAACGAUGCUUGCCUAACCCUAGACUUUCCUAAACCCCAUUGUGUAAAAUGGAAUAAUUUUAUGUUACUGGGACUAGCUUUCUAACCUCCAUUCCCACUUCCCUCCAUCACUAUCAACAUUACCUUCCUCCUCACACACAGACUCUCACGCACAGUUGUCUGUAUGUAGAAGGUACAGCAUAUAUUAAAUGCUCCCAUGCCAUGCGUUUCUUCUUUUCACAGGAUGCCAGCUUGAUUACAUGCAGGUAGAGUCGCACUUUUGUUUUCCUGUCCACCUCACAGAAACAUGUAUGUGAGAAUACAUAAACAAAUAGCUCAUGGUACUCUCUCUUCAUCAGAAAAUCAGCUGCCACAUUCAUUUGGAUGGACAGUGGGAUACAUACUAGACUUUGAGGAUAGAAACAAAGUAUCGAACAGCGUUAGUAUAGAUCCGAUACUGAUACCAGUGUUGUAUCAAUACCAUCGAUAUUUGGAUCGAUCUACCCACCUCUAUACUUUAAAAAAUUCAGCAACAGGGCUACAUGUCACCAGCAGCUUCACAUUUUCUCUCUCUAUAGCUGGAUGGUGCAAAAGGACUAGCAGCUCCUGUCCCUCUCCUCCUCCUUCAGUUUGCCUCAUUAUCAUAUUCUGUUAUAAUUUUGUUUGUGUUCGACAAGGUUUGUGGCCUUGCAAAAUGUUUCAAAAACCGCAUCUUGCCGGUUUGUGGAGCUGAAACAGGCCCCACACACGACUCCUCGUGUGGUUAUCAACUGAGUGAGGAGCACGCGUGAGCCGUGAUGCAUUUAUACAGCCGUAUUUUGCACAUCACUAUGACAGGCGGAAGAAGAAGUAGUUCCCGCCAAUCAUUUAGACAGUCCCAAUAAUAUAGCUACUUUCCACUGUGUUCCUAUUAAUUACAAAUUUACCACAAAUUUCUGAAAUAUCGAUAUUUUAAAAUAAGAAUUGAGUCUAGAACACAAAUAUUUGGUAUCGGAAGAAUCGAUAUUCCAGUAUCGAUCCGCACACCACUAUUUUUAGGGAUCUGAUACUUUCUUACUUUCAGUCAGACUUAAAGAAAGAACAGGAUGGUAUCCAGCCGCUUCGCCUUUUUCGGCAUUAUUCUUUUGUGCACCUGCUCGGCUUCACCGCCGAAUUUCGUCCUCAUCUUCGCUGACGAUUUGGGUUACGGGGACUUGGGCUGUUAUGGACAUCCCAGUUCACUCACUCCCACCCUGGACCGACUAGCAGCUGAAGGACUCCGAUUCACAGAUUUUUACAGCACCUGCCCCGUGUGCACCCCGUCCAGGGCAUCAUUGUUGACAGGUCGCUAUCAGACCCGGUCAGGAAUCUACCCAGGCGUGUUUUACCCAGGAUCUAUAGGUGGUCUUCCUCUCAAUGAGACCACCAUCGCUGAAGUGUUAAAGCCCCUGGGCUACGCCACAGCGAUCAUAGGAAAGUGGCAUCUAGGUGUUGGGCAUAAUGGCAUGUUUCUUCCAACCAAGCAGGGCUUUGACCAUUUCCUGGGGAUCCCAUACUCCCAUGACAUGGGCCCCUGUAAGAAUCUGACUUGUUUCCCUCCAGAUAUAAAGUGUUAUGGAUUGUGUGAUAUUAGCAACGUAGCCGUCCCACUAAUGGAGAAUGAAGUCAUCAAGCAACAACCAGUCAACUUCCUGGAUCUGGAGAGGAGUUACAGUGACUUUGCAACAAACUUCAUAACCACAUCGGUUGAGAAAAAACAACCAUUCUUCCUCUACUAUCCAUCACAUCACACCCACUACCCCCAGUAUGCAGGUAUAGGGGCAGCUGGACGAUCUUUAAGGGGUCCGUACGGGGAUUCCCUGUUGGAGUUUGACAACAGUGUAGGCCACCUGGUGGAAACUCUGGAGAGGACAGGAGUAAUCAACAAUACAUUGGUCUUCUUUACAUCAGACAAUGGGCCUGAACUGAUGCGCAAGUCCCGUGGAGGCAUUGCUGGUCCUCUGAAAUGUGGCAAAAGUACCACAUAUGAGGGAGGCAUGAGAGAACCUGCCAUCGCCUACUGGCCGGGGACCAUCAAGCCAGGUGUUACUCAUGAGAUGGCCAGCACGCUAGAUAUCCUCCCCACAUUGGCGCGCCUGGCAGGAGCUGAACUACCACAGGUGAUGCUGGAUGGGGUCGAUAUGACGGAUAUCCUUGUUAAACAAGGAAAGAGUAAAAGGGAGACUGUGAUGUUCUAUCCUGUAAAUCCCAGUGAAGACUAUGGCCUCUUUGCUUUAAGGCUGGGGAAGUACAAAGCCCACUUCUAUACACAAGGUGCUUUCCAUAGCAGUACUACACCAGACAAAGACUGCUCAGCAUUGCGUAAGACUCACGACCCUCCUCUGAUAUUUGAUCUGGAGGCUGACCCAUGUGAGCUCUAUCCUCUAUCAGUAGAUGAAUCUGACAUCCAAUCUGUGCUGCAACAGGUCAAGACAGUUAAGGAGCAAUUUGAAUCCUCCAUGGUGUUUGGAGAGAGCCAAAUGGCAAAAGGAAAAGACCCCAGCCUUGAGCCUUGCUGCAACCCUGAGUGUAGCCCCAAACCUAGCUGCUGUCAUUGUUGAUGAGAAACAUUGCUGCAGCUCCUAAUGACAAUAAAGAAAGGGAAAGCUGAACCGCAGUGCUGCUCUCUUGUAGAGAGUGGAGUUUUAAUUGCUAGAAAUUAAGAAGCAGUGUACAGGCAAUGUGCUUCCUUAGUGAGGAGAUGAUCUUCCAAGAUUUAAUACUGUCUAAAUUCAGAAAUAAUGUUUAACAGUGUACUGUAUUUUCUUUCUUCUAUGCUUUGAGUAUUUUAUUCUUUAAUUUUUUUUAUUUAUUUCCACUUCAGGAAUUCUUUGUAAGCCCUUUUCACUCGCACAAUUAGGAUUUAACCAAACAAUGAGGACAACAAUAAAGGUUCAGACAUCAAGCAUAUAUUUUAUUCAUAAGACCAAA